GGCUGCGCUCUUUCAAAAAGAAAAAAAAACAAACCCAAAUGACUUAAGCGUGAUCGGUGACGACUGGAGUGUUCAUUUUGUGAACAUUCCUGGACGAGAAGCAAGCAAAAGGACUUAGCACCUCAGGCGUGUUCUUGUGAACUUUAACACGCCAGAAAUGGAAGACGCGGGGAAGAAAAGAGGCAUUGUGAUAAAAGAUGACUGGCCAGGAUACAGCCUGGAACUGUUCACCUACCCGGAGCACUACCACCACGACAUAGACAGCGUUUACAUUCCACACGGCGUCGUCAUGGACAGGACCGAGCGGCUGGCCCGCUACAUCAGGGACGACUUUGCGGACGACAACAUCACGGUCCUGUGCGUCCUGAAGGGCGGCUACAAGUUCUGCGCCGACCUGAUGGAGUUCAUCAAGGUGCUCGGACGCAACUCCAACAAGUACCUGGAGACCCGGGUGGAGUUCAUACGCCUCAAGAGCUACCUGAAUGACCAAUCCACGGAGGACCUGCACAUCAUCGGCAGCCGAGAUCUAUCCUUUCUGCGUGGAAAGAGUGUGCUCAUUGUUGAGGCCAUUGUUGACACAGGCAAGACAAUGAAGGCCCUUCUGAAGCAUGUGGGGACCUUUGAACCCAAGAUGGUCAAGGUUGCCGGUCUGCUGGUGAAGAGAGCUGCCAACAUGGAUGAGAACCUGACAGACUAUGUCGGAUUUGAAAUUCCCAACCGCUUUGUCGUCGGCUACGCUUUGGAUUACAACGAGUACUUCCGCGACCUGAAUCAUAUCUGCGUCAUCAGCAAGACGGGGAAGCAGAAGUACAAGGUUUGAUUGACUGCCAAAAACUGUACGGGUACUUUGAUAAACGCAAAAAGUAAAUGUUUGUACGGAUUUAAUUGUUUUGUGUUGUGUGUGCACACAACCAUUGUUGGUGGCAGAUGGCGAGAGAUUAUUCUAAUUGGCAUCAUGACUCAUGUACGACACACACUCACACACACAAUAAUGUUUGUAAUAUUUUGGCCAAAUAAAGUCAUCUCUGUUACAGAGUGGAUGCAAAUUGA